GGCUGUGAAAUGUCUGGGCCCUCACAGCCAAUGGCUUUGAUAAAGCCGUGGGGUGAACUCCUGGCCCCUUUAAAGACAAUAGGAAAACUCCCACUGAUUUCAGCGGAGCCAGGAUUUCACCCCUGGGGGACUUGCCGAAUUUAGAGCAGGGGAAAGCCAAUACUCGCUGCCAGGCGAGGAAUAGCCGGGGUGAGGGGUAGAGGGCAUGUCCCUGCUGCCUUCUACCCGCUGCAGAGAGGGGCGGGGGUCCCCAUCCUUGGCGGUGGCACAGCUUGGCUCGCGUACCCCACUCUCCCCGUCCCGCUGGGCGGUACCUGGGGAGGGCUGCCCGCAUCCCGGCCACCCCGUGCGCGCAGAGCCCCGCUGCGCCCUGAGCGCAGCAGCGAGCCGGGGAGGCAGCGCCAGAGCAGGGCUGGGGUCCGGGCUUAGCCCCCUGCCGCUCGCCAGCCGCUCCGCCGGGAGGCGCCGGGGAGGGACGAACGGCCCCGUCCCCGGCCGCUGCCGGGCGAGGUGUUCCCGAGCCGCCCCCAGCAGGGGAAACUCCCAGCCAAGGUCCCGUGCGCCCGGGCUGGAGGCAGCGGCCCUGCCGGGCUAGCAGGGCAGCCGGCGGCUCCGCAGUGCUGGGCGCGCAGGCCAGGCUGCCCGGAGCGCCGGGGCUGGCGCUGCCCGCUGCGGAGGCGAGGGGCCAGGCUGAGCCGGGCCAGCAGCAGCCGGGGAGCGAGUCUCGGGGGGCGAUCCCGGCGCUGGCUCCCGCCUGGGGGGAGCCCAGCCCGGCGCGAGCAACUGGCAGCGGGGACCAACUCACCUGCAUCCCCCUCCCCGCGGAGCUCGGCCCUGGCGAGCCCCGCGCCGGAGCGCCCGGCCUCGGGCAUGGCCCUGGCGCCCCCCGCGCCGGAGCGCAGCCGGAUCUCGGAGGUGGAAAUGGAGCGCUACUACUGCCUGCUGCAAGCCGCCGCCCGCCUCGACUCCAGCGCCGCCGAAACCAUAAUUCCCCUUUGUGCAAAGGACAUCAGUGACAAUUUGAGGAAGAAAUUUGCUUUUCUUUCUGGUGGCCGAGGGAAAGACAACGGUUGGAUCAUCACGUUUCCUGAAAACUCCCAUUUCAAUGAAGCAUCGGAGGAGGUUCUAACGAAAGUCUUAACAUACUUAACUUCGCUCCCAAGGUAUGGUGCUGCCUUCCUGCUUUCGUGCUUCGUUGGCCGAGGUUCCCAUCUUAUCUGGUGUCGGACAUGUGAGCUGCGGUACAAUUGCCUCAUUGUGAAUGAAGCUAGGUAGAGAAGGAGGAAAUUACCUGCAAAGCCUCAUGAUGUUGAGCCAGAAUGUUAAAUUGGUAUUUCUUAUACCAAUAACUACAUAAUAAAAAGUAGAUU